UAAUCGCAGGGCACAGAGUCGCGGUCUAGAUCGGCAAUCGCUACCUGCCUACUCGAAGUCUCCAAGUCUUCGUCAGCCGGUCAUGCACGCCUCACGCCGGUGACUGGUCGCUGAUCGGAGAACGGUGGCUGACUUGCUGAGCGCCUCUAUUCAGGAAUUUAAGAAAGUGCAGAAUUCACCCCUGACCUUUUCAUGUGCACUGCUCAAUCCAAUUUCCUUAAAGGUCUUUCUCCCUUCUUCUCGCGCUGGUUUUUGUACCUUAUCUGCAGCUAGCGAUCUCGCCUCUGUACUUGCUCCCAUGCUUUCCAGAUGGCUGUGCAGUCGAGUACUUCCCAUCUUAGGUUCUCGACGGGACCAAUCUUCUUGCAUAUUAAGAGGACUUACGUUCGAGGAUGCCGAUUGGAGCGGGUGAAAAGCGUGGAGGAGUAUUCUAUUUUCAUAGUAUUGAUGAUGUUCGUGCGUACUCAAUAAGAAGGAAGGACACGAGUAAUUUGUGGCACUCUCGGUUAGGACAUCCAUCCGAGAAGAUUUUACGUUCAGCACUUAGUUUUGAUAAAUCCUUGUUGUCAGUUGGCUUAAAUAAAAAUUGUGAUGCAUGCCUGCGUGGUAAAAAGACUCGUGAUGUUUUUCACACUAGUAAUUCCAGAGCAUUUGAUUUAUUUGAUAUGAUACAUUGUGAUGUUUGGGGACCGUAUCGUUCACCGGCAACGUGUGGGGCUAGAUAUUUUUGACGAUUGUUGAUGAUUUUUCACGGGCGGUAUGGGUUUACUUGAUGCGUGAGAAGAGUGAAGUUUCAACUCUACUUAAAUAAUUUAUUACGAUGGUAGGACGUCAAUUUGAUAAAUCAGUGAAAAUUGUUCGGAGUGAUAAUGGAACAGAAUUUCGGUGUUUGAAAUCUUAUUUUUUGGACAUUGGAAUUUUGUUUCAAAGUUCAAACUACAUGUGUUUAUACUCCGCAACAGAAUGGAAGAGUUGAGCGCAAGCACAGACAUUUUUGGAAGUAGCACGCACACUUCGAUUUCAUGCACAUUUGCCCAUUAAUUUUUGGGGUGAGUGUGUGUUGACUGCCUGCUACCUUAUUAAUCGACUGCCUUCAUCUGUCUUGGAUUUUAAAAGUCCGUAUGAAGUUUUGUUUAAUAAAGUGCCCAAGUAUGAUCAAUUUCGGGUGUUUGGAUGUUUAUGUUAUGCACAUAAUCAUGAAAAAAAAAUAGGGACAAAUUUGCUACACGGGGAAUCAAAAGUGUUUUUUUGGGAUAUGCUCAUUCCCAGAAAGGAUGGAAAUUAUUUAAUCUGGAGACACGGAAUAUUUUUGUUUCACGUGACGUUACAUUCGUUGAAGCAAUAUUUCCAUUUGCAAUUGAGGAUCCACAUGAAGUUUCGGAGGUCAGAGAUAAUGCGGACGCACUUAAGUCUUGGGAUGACAAUCCCGUUACCAGAUUUGUUGUCGAUGAUGCACUGGAGCUGUCCUCAUCCCAUACUGACCAACAGCACUUUCACGUGGAGAGUCGGCCAAAUGGUACAGAAGAUAACAUGACAAUGACAGGCGCUGGACCAUUGGCAGCAACUCCAGGGAUGACUAAUACAGGUGACCAGCUUGCUCGACGCAGUCAACGCACCAGGCAGACACCAGGUUGGCAUCAAGACUAUGUGGUCCAGCUGAAUACUAUGAAAAUAGAUGCUCCACCUGCUCAAACCUUGCCUCCACCGGUUGACUCAGGUAAUCCUUAUCCCUUAUCUCAUUACAUCAAUUAUACUCGUUUUUCUGUUCGCCAUCGAGCUUUGCUUGCAGCGGUUUCUGCCCAUACCGAACCUAGCACGUAUAAGGAGGUUGUUUGUGAUCCUCGCUGGCGUGCUGCCAUGCAACAUGAAAUACAUGCCUUGGAGAAGACGGGAACUUGGCAACUCCAGGAUCUUCCACCUGGCAAAAGGCCCAUUUUUUGUAAAUGGGUAUACAAAAUAAAAUAUAAGAGUGAUGGAAGCAUCGAUCGGUACAAAGCCCGACUAGUUGUGUGUGGUAACCGCCAAAUCCAUGGUAUUGAUUAUGACGAGACAUUUGCGCCCGUGGCUAAGAUGGUCACUGUUCGCACCAUGCUAGCCAUUGCAGCUUCCCGUGAUUGGGAAAUACACCAGAUGGAUGUAGAUAAUGCCUUUCUCCACGGUGAUCUUCACGAGGAAGUAUAUAUGCAUCCUCCUCCAAGUUAUUCCACCCCUAAACCUGGUCAGGUGUGUAAAUUACUUCACUCUCUCUAUGGGCUUCGUCAGGCACCCCGGUGUUGGUUUUCCAAAUUGACUACUACACUAGUAGCAUAUGGGUUUCAACAAUCUCAUGCGGAUUAUUCCUUGUUUACUCUUCAUCGUGGGGAACACAUUUUAUGUAUCUUGUUUAUGUUGAUGAUUUGCUUAUUACUGGCUCUAAUCCUGACAUGAUCUCCUCUUUUAAAUCUUCUUUGGCCUCUACAUUUCCUGUUAAGGAUUUGGGUCACAUGAAGUACUUUCUUGGAUUGGAGGUUGCCCGGAGUGAGCGCGGCAUUUUCUUAUGUCAGCGCAAAUAUGUCUUGGAUAUUCUUACGGAGACAGGUUUGGUUGGAGCUAAGCCCACACCAUUUCCUAUGCCUCAAAACCAUCAAUUGCAAUCUGAUGACGGACCUUAUUUCUCUGAGCUUGACCGCUAUCGCCGUCUUGUUGGAAAGCUUAUUUAUCUCACUCUUACUCGGCCGGACAUUAAUUAUUCGGUACAUAUCCUUUCCCAAUUUAUGCAAACCCCACGCCUUGCACAUUGGGAGGCCGUGCUUCGAGUUCUUCGGUAUCUCAAGGGCCACCCCGGCCAAGGAAUUCUAUUUGGCCAUCAUACAUCUCUCUCUCUUACUGGAUUUUGUGAUUCUGAUUGGGCUAGUUGCCCCAUCACUCGUCGCUCCGUUACUGGUUAUUUUGUUACUCUUGGUGGUUCUCCUAUUUCCUGGCGUACCAAAAAGCAGGCCACCGUCUCCCGUUCAUCCGCAGAAGCAGAAUACCGCUCCAUGGCUGCUCUCAUUUGCGAGUUACUUUGGCUCAAAAGCCUUUUCUCUUCCUUGCGGUUGCCGUUACCACCUAUGCAACUCAAGUGUGAUAAUAAGGCAGCUAUACACAUUGCUUCUAAUCCGGUUUUUCAUGAACGCACGAAGCACAUUGAACUCGAUUGCCAUAUCAUUCGAGAUCAUGUACGUUCGGGCGUGGUCAUACCUUCAUAUAUCUCUACCUCGGAGCAGUUGGCAGAUUUGUUUACUAAAGCCCUCGGUGCUUCCCAGUUUCAUUUUCUCCUUUCCAAGAUGGGCAUUCUUGACCCCCAUGCUCCAUCUUGAGGGGGAGUGUUGGUGUGAUUUUUUUGGCUCCUUGUUACGUAUGCAUGUUUUUCCCAUUUGCAUGCAUGAGAUGUAACUGAUAAGGACGUGCGGCUGGGCUCCUUAAUUAAUUGUAUUUUGUAUUUUAAUAUUGUAUUUAUCUUUCCAAACGGAUGAGCACUUUUGUAGCUUGAGGACUCUCAUCCACCGAGAGAUUAGGAUGUACAUAUGUAUAUAUUACGUAACUCUUCGUUGAAUGAAAAAAAUCAGAAAAGUUUUGCAUACAUAUCCUUUUAAUUAGCAGCCAACUGGGAAAGAAGGAAAGUGAGAAAAGAAAAAGAAAAUUUCAAUAUUUGCCACAUAGACCACCAUGUGGAACGCCACACAUGCAAGUAACCGGGAAACCGGUUGGUUACCUAGUUAUUCGCCUAAUUCAACGUUUUUUAAGGGUUUAAUUGGGUGUUUUCAAAGUAUGAGGGCUUAAUUGACUCUUCCGACAUAGUACGAGGGUCUAUUAGACAGUUUUCUCAAUUCAAAAUCAAGUUGUUUGAAAUGAACUGAGUUCAUUAUCGAAUUGAUACUAGGCAUACCCAAAAUACUGGAUCCCUGCUCCUGUUUGAACCAAUUUCAGAAUCUUUGAAAAAUCCUCAAGUAGUAUCAAAACCUAACACAUUUCUUGAAAUUAGAUUAGGAUAAUCAUUGUUUUUCCCAAAAUUGAAUGCAUUUUAUAGCAUAGUUAGUACCAAAACUUAAGGGAUAUUAAAACAGAAGUUGGAAUAAAUAUAGUCCUAUUUUGAGAAUAAAACAUAUUUAAUUAUAUUUGUGAACUUGGUUCAUGAUUUAUAUUUAUCAUGAGUGAUUUUUUUAUACAAUAUAUUUUACAUCAUCAAACAUCAAAUAAUGUUAUGUAGUGUUAUUGAUCCAUUAAACUCUACUUUUUAGCAUACAAUAUCUACUAUCUAGUAUCUAUAUAGGCGUGCCCCGCUUCCUUUUCUCUCAUCUUUGAUGUGCAAAUUAUUUCACCGACUGUUUUUCGGAUGUGUUGACUAAAUUUACUUCAAAAUAAUACUACCCCUUCAAAAAAUAUCAAUUGGUAGUCAGAAAAUCUUUCACUCGAAUGCCUUUACACCUAAAUGCAAUCAUGCCUAUGACAUUUCAAAUAAAAUCAGUCUGAAAACAUCUAUGGAUCGGUGAUAUUAAUGUUUACUCUGGUGAUAAUAUUGAAUUAGUGUGACUUGUAAAGUAAAUUUAAAAGUUACUCAAUAUAUGUUGCUUGCUUUUGUCUCCACCGUCUUUCAUUUGAGAACUUGCAAUAUUUUGGUAUGGUUAUCGGCUUAUCGCUGAAACUAUAGGUUCAUUUCUAUGAACUAUAUGCGAUGAGUACAAAUAUAUCCCUCAACUUUAUUUUGGAACAAUUAAAGACAAAGAUUCUAAAGUUGGAACAAAUAUGUCAUAAUGUCCAAAUAGUUAAUGGAUAUAUAAUAUACGUAGUAUAUGUUCUCAUAAUAUAAAAUUCAUGGGCAUAAUUUUUCAAACUUCACCAUUUUUAUGUUUUGUGGUUCCCUAAAAAGUUGAGGGGUCUAUGUGUUUUCUAGCAUGGAGGUCAAAAUCAUACUUAUUCCUUCUUCCUAAUUUUGGUUGCUUCUUUUAUAUCUUUUUGUAACUUCUGUACAACUUUGUAUUUGGCGAGCAACAAAUUUGCCUAAACAUGUCUGCAGAACAUUCUUAUCUUUCUUUAUCAAGAGUUGCUGCUGCUUUCAGCAUACAUGAAUACCCGAGAAGAACAAUCCAGACACACAGCCAAUCUACCAACCCUCAAACUGAGGAAACUUUAAAGGAAGAAAAUUGCAGCUCAGUGGCUAACAGUCCCACAGGGAACAAAAUGCGAGAACCGGAAAUGGAUUCCUACAGUGCUUUAAAAAGCAGCACGUCUUCAGGCCUGAAGGUGUCAUCAAGGCAUGACCUUGCAAUGAUCUAUACCUGUAAGGUAUGUGAAACAAGAUCUGUGAAGACUGUAUGCCGUGAUUCUUAUGAGAAAGGCAUGGUAGUGGUACGUUGUGGGGGGUGCAACAACCUUCAUCUAAUUGCAGACCGGCUAGGUUGGUUUGGACAGCCAGGGAGCAUCGAGGACCUCCUUGCUGCUCGUGGAGAGGAGGUGAAGAAGGGCUCUAUCGAUACCCUAAAUCUUACCCUUGAGGAUUUGGCUGGAAAGAAAGUUUGAAUGAGAAUGAUGUUACCAUGUAUGGCCAACCAGGAAGAAAUUGUGGUAGUUAUUUUAUGAGAGUAGUAAAACAGAGAUUUUGUCUGGAUCACGUAAACUACAAGUAUGAAUGUAAGAUACAAGAUUAAAAAAUGGCGUUACUUGUUAGUGAUGUACAUUGUGUAGCAGUUCAACUUUUGUAAUUGAUCUCUUUCUUUCAACUAACAACUUACAAAUUCUGCAUUAGAGAUUUAGAGAUGCUUAAAAUUCUAAGAUUAAUCAGAUGGUAGGUUUUCUGUCUACUUUUGUAGCAGUUCUACAACUUUGUCCUUCAAC